AAUAAAUGAAAAAGAAGAAGAAUUUAGUUUUCAAAAAUAAAUUUAUCAAAUAUAUGAAAAUAAUUCGUAUUGUUUUUAAUGCAAAUAACUGAUAAUCACUCAAUUCUAUUAUCAUGUCUGUCUUAAAUCGAGUUCAGCAAUGGGCAACAUUUGCAAGAGUGUGGCAUAUAUAUGAUGCUGCCUGGCAAAAUCCGUUUCAAUCCGCUGAACUAGUAAAAAAAUAUCUUAUGGGACUUCACAAACCUAUUUAUCAUCCAAUGAAUGACUGUGGUGACCAUGUUAUAGUGAUUAAUAGCAAUGAUAUUGCAUUACCUGGAGAUGAAUGGAAAAAAAGAGUUUACUUUCAUCACACUGGUUAUCCAGGAGGUGCAAGUUGGACCUUAGCUUGGGAAUUACACCAGAAAGAUCCUACAAUGGUAUUAAAAAAAGCUGUUUAUAACAGUAUGGAUGGUAACCUUCAAAGGCGCAGUACAAUGGAGAGACUUCAUAUUUUCCCUGAUGCUAAUGUUCCUACUAAAUUAUUGGCAAAUGUUUCUAACCAGAUAGCAGCACCAAGAAUGAAACCAAGACGAUUAGACCAUUACUCUGAAGAGGAGGUUAAACAAUUUCCCAAACUUAUUGAUUUACCAAAAAAUUAUAUUCCUCGAUGAUAAACUUUCGUAUGUUAGUGUAAAUAGUUUUUAAAAUAAAGUGUAUUAUUUCUUUGGGUAAUAGAACUAAUCAAUGAUUAAUUU